UGGGAUUGGGUGGAUUGGGUGCUGUUGUGUGCCCGAAUGGCCGUUUAGCACCGUUUAGUGGACGAAACCUGGUAGCGGUAGCCUUCUGAGUGCACCCACUGGCGCACCCAGCGUCACUUAUUUGAACAAAAUGGGAGCGUAAAAUUGCGUUGGCUAUUAUUUUCGUAAAUAAUCGAUGUUACAAUAAUUGUCUGUAAGAUGGUCACAAUCUCAUGUAUGACAUAACACCAGCACAGAUCUAUAUAUGAACUUUAAUACACAAAACAUGGCUGGUACUACUUGGUCGGAAGACGAAAUUGGACAAAAAUGGGAUCGAUGUUUCACAGAUGCUCUUUUUAAAUUCGGAGGUGGAGUUUUCCUUGGUGGUGUAUUCUCUCUAUUUUUCUUCAAACGAAGACAAUGGCCCAUUUUAACUGGUGCUGGUUUUGGACUAGGUAUGGCUUAUGCAAAUUGUCAAGAAGAUUUGAAUUCAUCAGUGAGAUCACAACGAAAGCCCAAAGAUUGCAGCAAGGUUGUAUCCAAAGAUGAAGUUAAAAAAAGUCCUUAGCAAGUUCCGAUGAGAAAAAUUCUUAUGCUGUUACAGAAUAACAUAUAAUAUACAAAUAAACUAGUUGAACUUGUAUUAUAGUGUCAUAUGGAAUAAAAUUAUUAAUAAUUUUACAUUAUUAUGUUCCACUUAAUGACAUAAAAUAAAAAAUUAAAUUAUUAUAUUAUAUUAUUCAUAUGAUUUAGAACAGAUAGUUAAAAUUGAAAUAUACUACAUUGAUUUUACA